UACUGCAAAAAGUAUGAAAUGGUACAAAAUUUAUAUUGGUUUAAAUGUAUGUUUUAUAUUUCAGGCUUGUAAAGAGAUUAAAUUUAACAGGCUGGGACGCGAUGAAAGGGGCCUGAAAAGAGCUGAGACGGUAAAUGGAAUGCUGUGGUUUAUCGGUGUGUCCAGAAAUGCAACAGUAGUGACUGUGGCUACUGUCACAGCGUUUAUAGUGCAUAAAGAUGAUCAUAACCCGUUAAUUCUAACUGGUAUAAUAACACCCGGCCUGCCUGAGGUACGUCAUCCGCCAUUCCACACAACCGUUGGCAACACAACCUUCACAACUACUAAAAUGUUGAAACACAUCGGGCCCGGUCUUGGUAUUGUACCUGCUGUUGGCAUUCUGGCGAACAUCGCCAUUGCUAAGGCUUUUUCUCAAGGGCAAAAAGUGGAUGCUACACAAGAAAUCAUUGCAUUGGGUGUGUGCAACAUUGUCAGCUCAUACUUCCAGUCUAUGUUGGUAAAUGGAUCUUUUUCAAGAAGUGCUGUGAGCAACGCUUCAGGAGUCAAAACACCUGGAUCGGGAAUCUAUACAGGUUUAUUGGUGGUGUUAACCCUACUGUUACUAACACCCUACUUCUACUUCAUACCAAGGGCCGCGUUGUCUUCGGUCAUCGUGUGCGCAGUGCUGCAAAUGGUGGAUGUCAAAAUACUAAAGACAUUGUGGAAGAUAAGUAGACUGGACAUCAUUCCACUAAUGAGCACGUUUCUAAGUGCCCUUUUUAUGGGGGUAGAGUUUGGAUUGAUCUGUGGAGUUUGCGUCGAUGGCCUUUUGCUGCUCUACUAUCACUCUCGCCCACCGCUGGACAUUCAAUAUGUUGAUAAUGGGGUUCUCCCCAGUCACUACGCGAUCCACCCGAUCGGCGGAAUUCACUUCGCCGGCGCCGAAAACAUGACAACCAAACUGUCACAUCUAAUACAUACAGAUACAUUGUCUGAUGACGAAGAAUAUACACCAAGGGAUAAAAUACUCGUGGUUUACUGUGAUGUGUUGUACAGAGUUGAUUACACGUUUUUACAGAGUAUGCAAAUGUUCGUAGUAAAUUGGUCGCAGGUCGGUCGUGUGAUAUGGGUCGAUGUGAAUGACACAAUCAAACAACAGUUAGAACUCAUGCUCAAAGAUGCCAUAUUCUGUGCUAAGAAGGACCUGGGAUCAUAUAUGAUCACAAGCGUCGAGUCACCGCCUCUCGAAUCACCAGUAGAGUCGGAUGUAUAAGGUAACGGUGCUGUUUUGUGUGUAAUUGUAUGCCUUAGGACUAGUUGAUGCAAAUAUUAUUUUUAAGAGAAGGUUGUUACUAUUGUUGAUACCUAAGUUCUCCAAUACACGCACUGUUUGAAGACUUACCCAAUGAUUAUCAGACCUAUUGGAAGUAUAAGGUAUAUAAAAACCUAAUAGAUGCCGCUUUGAAGAGAUGUUAUGCGCAACAAACACAGCUUUUGUUACGAGGCUAUACAUAUGUAAUAUAAAUGCUUAAGGUAUUUGUGAAAUUUGAUUCAGGCCUGAACGUUUAUAUAAUGUUUUUUUUGGAACUUCAGGAGUACUACGUAUUAUGCCACAAAUUAUCAAUUAUGUACUAUCUACUAUGCCUUGAUAUUUUUUUGAU